AUGAUCUCCGAGAAGACUGAUGAUCAGGUCCAGCCACCGUACCGCGGGGCCUACGCGGACGAUGAUAUCCCCGCGUCGAAAGAGGAGGUGCAGCUGAACGUGGGUGGCCGCGGUGCUACGCAGCGACGCCUGAAGAACUACCAGGUCAACAUGAUCGGGUUCUGCGGCGGCAUUGGCACAGGUUUGUUCGUGGGAACCGGCUCUGCCUACGCCACCGCGGGUCCGGCAGGCCUGCUGCUGGCGUACCUAGUGGUGGGAUUGGUGUUGUGGUGUGUGAUGCAGAGCAUCGCCGAGCUGGCUACGUUGCUGCCCACCGCAGGCUCGUUCCCCCACUGGGCCACUCGGUUUAUUGACCCGGCUGUCGGCUUCUCCCUGGCUAUUUCCUAUGGGUACUGCUAUACGAUCGCCAUCGCCUCGGAAGUGUCGGCUGCCGCCGUCAUCGUUUCUUUCUGGACAGACAUCACGCCCGCCGUGGUCAUCACCGUCGGCCUGGUCUUGAUUCUAGCGAUUAACCUCAUGAGCGUGCGCUUCUACGGCGAGACCGAGGUCGUUGCAGGCGCCAUCAAGAUCCUUUGUUUCCUCGGUCUGGUGAUUGUGUCCAUCGUCAUCACCUCCGGCGGUGGUCCCAACCACGAGACCAUCGGGUUCCGCUACUGGCACAACCCGGGACCUUGGACGAACUACAACGGCAUCACGGGCCCCAAGGGUCAUUUUCUCGGUUUCCUCUCGUCGUUUGUGAACGCCUCGUUCAGUUUCGUCGGCGUCGAGACGGUUGUUAUUACCGCCGCCGAAUCGGUCGACCCGCACUAUGCCAUUCCCAAGGCCGCGCGCCGCGUCACUUUCCGCAUCGCUUUCUUCUACGUCCUGGGCGCGCUGCUGAUCGGUCUCAUCGUGGAUCCCCGCAACGCGGCACUCGUUUCGGGCUCCGACAAUGCCAACAGUGCCCCCUGGGUUAUUGCUAUCCGAGAGGCGGGCAUCAGCGCCCUGCCGUCCAUCGUAAACGCCUGCAUUCUGGUCUCAGCCUGGUCCGCCGGUAACUCGUAUUGCUGGGUCGGUUCGCGUAUGAUCCUCGCCAUGACGACGGAUCGUCAGCUCCCACAGGUCUUUGGCCGGGUCACCAAAAACGGCGUACCUUACGUGGCGGUCAUCGCGUCCUGGCUGUUUGGGCCCCUGGCAUAUCUGAGUCUCGGCUCAGGCGGCGCCUCGCAAGCGUUCACCUGGCUGCUGAAUCUUAGCACCGUCGCCGGUUUGAUCGCCUGGGCGACGCUCUGCUUCUGUUAUAUCCGAUUUUAUGCCGGACUCAAGGCGCAGGGAGUCAGCCGCAGCUCGCUGCCCUGGAUGGCUCCGCUGCAGCCGUAUGCCGCCUGGUUCGGGUUCAUCGGAUCGACAAUCAUCACCCUAGUCGCCGGCUUCCCGGUAUUUCUGAAAGGAAAUUGGAACACGUCCGACUUCUUUGCUUCCUACAUUGGCAUUCCCAUCUUCAUCGUGCCCAUCAUUGGCUGGAAACUCAUCCAUAAAACCAAGUUCAUUCGCGCCUCCAACAUCGAUCUAUGGUCUGGUCGACUGCAGGAAGGCGAAAUAAUCGAGCACACCACCCCUCCGACUAGUGCCUUGGGACGCUUCGUGAACUGGCUCUUCUGA